UCAAUGACGUGGCUGAUAGCCUGGCAACCUUCUCUCUGCUCUUUCACCUUCUCAUUUCCCUCUUUUCUCGCUUUUCCUCUUCCACCCCACCUCCACCUCCUCCUCCACCUUCACCCCCACAAAAAAAAUCAAUUAAAAUAAUUAAUUACAAAAUUAAAUUAAAGAAAAAACCGACAAAUUUCCCUCCUUUUUUUUCACCCAGGAAAAAUUAAUCAUACCCAAGUUGUAUUCUUUACAAAUUAGAGGGUAAAGAUUGUAUCUUUGUCAAUUGUGGUUGUUUUUCUGAGACCCAGGAAUAGAAAGAGAAGAACUUUCUGGGUUUUUUUUUUGUUUUGUACUGUUUUUGUUGCAUUCAGGUGAAAUUAGGAGGAUAAUUGCUGUUUUGGAUUCAAAAGGGCUCUGAAGCUUGUGACACGUCAUGGGUAAUAGUGAAGGAGAGAAACCUGCAAACACCGAGAAAGCAGCGUCUCCUCCUCGGGAACAAAGCGGCGUUCAUGUUUAUCCUGAUUGGGCAACUGUCCAGGCAUAUUAUGGUUCAGGAGCUUUGCCACCACCUUACUAUAAUCCAGCUGCUGCAUCUGGACAUGCUGUUCAACCGUAUAUGUGGCCACCACCUCAGAUGAUGGCUCCUUAUGGAACUCCUUAUGCAAUGUAUCCACACGGAGGAAUGUAUGGGCCUUCUGCUGCACCUGUUUGUAUGCAGGUUCCAGCUCCCUUAAGUUUAGAAACACCAGCAAAAUCCUCUGGAAAAGAUAGUGGGUCAGGAAAGACUGCUAAAGAAUCUGAUGUUCAUGCAGCAUUAGGCAACGGAAAUGCCAAUGCUGAGAGUGCUGGGGAUGGAGGUGCCCGUGGCCAGUCACAGAGCACGGAUUGUGGAACUGAAGGUUCUUGUGAGAGAAGUUAUGACAGUUCAGCAAGAGAGGACAAUAGUAGUAGAAGUUGUAAUGGGGUGAUGGAUACAGGCACGUGUAACAUGCAGAUGAACGGUGUAGUUCCAGGCAUACCAAUGGCUUCUGUGAAUCCCGUGGGAAACUCUCCUAUGCCUACUCCGGAUAUGAAUCACCGUCCUGGUGCAGGAACCAAUGCAAACGGAGUUCGUGGUGCACCCAGACAGGAUGAAAGGGAGGUAAAACGGGAAAAGAGGAAGCAAUCCAACCGAGAAUCUGCCAGAAGAUCGAGGUUAAGGAAACAGGCUGAAAUGGAAGAGCUGGGUAAAAAAGUUGAUUCUUUGAAUGUUGAGAAUAUGGCCCUUAGAUCUGAAAUUAAUAAGUUAGUGGAAGAUUCAGAGAAACUAAGAUCUGAAAAUGCUGCAUUAAUGGGCAAGUUGGGUAAUAUACAAGGACAAGGAGAUGAGACGGGAACAGAAAAUAGGACAGAAAAUCAAGAAACAUCACAUAUUAACACCGAGAAUUUGCUAUCUAGAGUAAACAACUCGGUCUCUGACGGAGUGCAUGAGCAACACGAAGAAAAAUGAGAAACCCGUGGACGUCUAAAUAACUCUCAGUCUACUCGGAUUUUAAUUUUUUGGACGCAGAGAUCUCGUGGAUAUAGGCUGACCGAAACAACAGUUUUUUGUUGCACGUGUCCCAGGCAUUGUGACCUUAAUUUACGGCUAACAGGUGCCCCCGCUAAAAUAGUCGGUAGCAGCAGCAGCAUGGACAGGUUUUUAGAGUUUGUGUAGUAACCUAUACAUUGUAGUCAUGUGACUCAUGUUGUGUGUUAUAUGUAAACAAAGUUGUAUCCUGAUUGAACCAAUUCUGGUGUAUCUGAAUAAUUCUAUCAUGCUCUUGUUUUCAGAAAAUUGUUGGUAAUUGUUUGGAUUUUCCGGUUACCGAAUUGUA